AUGAAGAAUAAGAGGAGUAGUAUUAAGAGGAGAAACCAAAACGAAGAAAAUUGGAAGUCGUUACGAACGACGAGAGAUGAUUUGAGUUUAGAUCGAACGCUGCCGACUGGACAAUCGUUUCGAUGGCAGAAAGUAGAAGAAUACGAUGAGAAUGAUGAGAAUGAAAAGAAGUAUUCGACGUACGUGGGCGUUAUCGGUCGAAGAGUGGUUCAGAUUCGAGAGCGAAUGGAAUUCGAAGAGGAGGAGGAAAAAUCUUAUGAAACAACAACCAUCGAGUUUCGCGUGUUGAAUACUAACGAGAGCAACAUUUGCAAAAACGAGGAUAAAGAGAACGGAGAACAAGAAGAAGAGCAAGUCACGAAGGACGUGCGAGCGUAUUUUAACCUAGACGACCCGAUUCCUUUGAAAGACUUAUUCGAGCAAUUCUCGAAAGCGGAUCCGUACCGGUUCGGACGGCUGAGCGCGUACGUGCGAGGCGCGAGGACGCUCCGGCAACCACCCGCGGAAUGUUUGAUUUCGUUCGUUUGUUCGAGCAAUAACAACAUAGCGAGGAUUAAAAAGAUGGUGGAGAGUUUGUGCGAGAAGUACGGGGAGGAGUUGGUGUGCAAUGUUAGUAGUAGAAGUAGGAGUAGGAGUAGUGGUAGUAGUGGUAGGGACGACGACGAAGAGAAUGAGGUGAACGACAAAGAAGAGAUAAACGAGAGUAAAAUCUAUCACGCGUUUCCAACCGUCGAGCAGUUGGCAGAAAAAUGCGACGAACAAACGUUGCGUGAUUUAGGAUUUGGAUACAGAGCAAAAUUCAUCCCAGCCAUGGCGAAAGAACUCGUCAAACGAGGCGGCGAGGCGUACUUACUGAAAUUAAGGGACGCGCCGCAAACGGAAGAAGAGAAGUACAGAGCGAUUACGGAAUUGACGAGUUUACCGGGCGUCGGUCCGAAAGUCGCCGGGUGCGCGGCUUUGUUUUCUUUGGAUAAGAAGAGCGUCGUGCCGGUAGACACGCACGUCUGGCAGCUCGCAAGAGAACAUUUCGAUCCAAACGGAGAGUUAGCGAGCAUGGAAACGACGGCUUCGACGACGAAAGGAAGCGCGAACGAAGAAGGAGCAGAACAACAACGACACAAAGAAUCAUCCACGCCAACGACCCCGACAAAACAAAAGGACAAACCACUCUCCAUAACCCCGAAAAUGAUGAAAAAAUGCGAGGAAAUGCUCGUCUCCAUCUACGGCGCGUACGCCGGUUACGCGCACACCGCGUUAUUCGUCGCCGAACUCCCAACCGUUCGCGAGAGUUUACCCGAACAUCUCCGCACGCCGACGAAAGCGGAUAAAAAACGAGGAGAGAAGAACGGCGAAAAGAAGCCUGAAAAGAAGAAGAGAAAGUUUUUAAAGGUCGACGGCGAGAACAAGAGCGAUGAUGAUGGCGCGUAA